UCAAAUUCAGACAUAGAUUACUGUCCUAUUAGGCUUAAUUCCUCAUGCAUAGUUUAUAGUUCUUCCUGUUUCUGCAUUGGCUACUGUAGGGGAUGUUUCUUUAUUUCCUUAUGUGUAAACCUUAUUGCUCACCUCCUUUGAUGAAUCCAGGCACAUGAAAUUAAGGCCUCUUCUCUUUCUCUCUAUCAUGGCAGGCAUUACACUGGGCUAAUGACCUGGUAUCUUGCUUGGGUCCUCCGUUAGACCAGAAGCAGCUGCUAUGUUAAUGUUAGAAUAAAUUUAUAAUAGUAACAGUUAGCAGUCUUAAUAAUUAUAUUGUUAAAUUUUCAUUUCUAAUUACCAUUUUUCUGUAUAUGUAUUUCCAUUAUUUGCCACUAGAAUUAAAUAUAAUCAGAGUUGGGGGGGGUCUUGUAAGUUUGUUCUUUUUUUUGCUAUCUUUUUUGUUUAUUUGAAAUUUAUUUUACUGUGAUAACAACAUAACAUAAGGUCUACCCCCUUAACAAAUUUUUAAGUGUAUGAUACAGUAUUGGUAACUAUAAGUACAAUAUUGUACAGUAUGUCUCUAGAACUUAUUCAUUUUGCUUAACUGAAACUUUAUGCCCAUUGACUAGCCGUAUGUUUGUUCUUUGAUAUAUCCUUAGCACAUAGACCCAUUUUGCCUGGCACAUAGUGGGGACUCAAUAAAUAUUUGUUGAAUGUUGAAUAAAUUUGUAAACUCAUAUGUUUGUCACUUUAAAUAACCAUUAAGCAUAGCAUGAUAAUAUACUAUUGUUUAAAUAGUGAACAUUUAAAAUCUGUAAUAUUUUAUUUUAAUUAAGCCAGUUCUUCUGACUCUGUUGUUUCUAUAUGCAUCCUAUUAUUUUUAAAUAAUGUCUCAUAAUAGUCUUAUUUUUAUAAAAUUGAUUAUUUAAAAAAAGUUUUUGGUUUAAAGAUGUUAGUAGAACCACCCAUUAAGAAGAUUAAAUGCCAUAUAUAUUUGUAUAUAGAUAUUACCUAAACCAUUGAUUGUGUCUGUGGAUUCUCUAUCUUGUGUUUAUGGAGGUAGUUUUUUAACCAUUUAAUUUAAUUUUUAUUUUGUGGUACAGCCUAACUUUGCUAAAAGGCAUGACAGUUGAUCUUUAGCUAUGGUUUGAUGCCCAUAACUUGGGAAACUAGCUUGGAAUAAAAUAUAUUCUUGAACAGUGACAGUAGCCUUUGUUAGAAAUAAGCGUGCUGGCAGGAGCCUUAUACUGUGCUGAGAUGACCUGGGAGAGCCACAGAACACGCUCACAGGACUCUUAGUCCUGCACUUCAGCUGUGGAUUGAAGCAUUUGACCUAAAAAACCUAGGCACUGGGCUUUGUCUGCUUGGUUUUUGGAGCUAGGCAAUGCAUGACAAUAUUGAUUAUUCUAAAUCAAUUUUGUGUCAUGUGAUUAUAUCUUUAAAGCUAAAUUUUAUAAAACAUUGAUAUACUUGCUGGUAGAAAGCAAAUGCACAAAAUAAAAUGUAUAAUGUAAACAAUUUGUAGUAUUUUCUAGUAUCUGCUAAGGCAUUGAAUUAUUUUUAACAUUAAGUGUAUCUUCAAGGUGUAGUAGCAAUUACAUCCAUAGGAAAAGAAUUUAAUAGGCACUUCCUUGCAAUUUAGCUAUUGGCAACUGUUGAAAUUUUCUUGACAUGUGUUUGAUUUUCAUUUUCCUUAGAAUGUGUUACUUUGCUGAAACUAUAUUCAAAGGCCAGGAAGAUUGAUCUGCUUGCAAGAUACACUUGAAGGUUAACUUCGUGGAAGGAGUGAGCUGUUCGUGUCCUUCCCAGUGCACCUGCGAUUAUCACGGCAGAAACGAUGGCACGGGAUCAAGGUCUGUGCUGUGUAAUGACCUGGAUAUGAACGAGGUCCCUAUGAACUUCCCCGUGGACACUGUGAAGCUGCGCAUAGAGAAGACCAUGAUCCGCAGAAUCCCACCCGAGGCCUUCUAUUACCUGAUGGAGCUCCAGUACCUCUGGGUGACGUACAAUUCCGUGGCCAGCCUUGAGGCCAGAAGCUUUUACAACCUAAGGCAGCUGCAUGAGUUACGCUUAGAUGGGAAUUCUCUGGCUGCUUUCCCUUGGGCAUCUCUGCUGGACAUGCCCCAUCUAAGGACCCUGGAUUUGCACAAUAACAGAAUAACCAGUGUGCCAAACGCGGCAGUCAGGUACCUGAAGAACCUCACAUAUUUGGAUUUAUCAAGCAACAGACUAACCACAUUGCCUCCCGCAUUCCUGGAGAGCUGGUCCCACGUACUUACAACAUCGUCCAGAAGCCUGGACUUUUCACCACGAAGAAUUAUUCUUGGUCUGCAGGACAACCUUUGGUUCUGUGACUGUCACAUUUCCAAAGUGAUCGAGAUGUCAAAAGUUGCUGACCCGGCCAUAGUGCUUCUUGAUACACAGAUGGUCUGCAGUGAGCCCGAGCGCCUGACAGGGAUUUUGUUUCAGCGGGCUGAGUUGGAUCAGUGUCUGAAGCCAUCGGUGAUGACCUCGGCCACACAGAUCACGUCUGCUCUGGGCAGUAAUGUGCUGCUGCGGUGUGAUGCCACUGGCUACCCCACUCCACAGCUCACGUGGACCAGAUCCGACAGCUCACCCAUUAAUUAUACAGUAAUUCAGGAAUCUCCAGGAGAAGGCGUCAGAUGGUCCAUAAUAAGCUUGACAGGCAUUUCUUACAAGGAUGCUGGGGAUUACAAGUGUAAGGCCAAAAAUCUGGCUGGGAUGUCAGAAUCUGUGGUUACUGUGACAGUGGUUGGUGUUGUCACGACCACCAUAUCAUCAGACACUUUUGAAAGAAGAACCAGAGAUCACCCUGAGCGUGAGGUCCCGCCAGGAUCUAGAUCUACAUCUGUAACUGGUUCAUCGCCAUCUCCCCGGCUUUCUUCCUCCUCUUCUUUCUCUCCGACUUCUUCCACCUUUCUUUCCACUCCUACUUUGUCUCGUCCCUCUGCUGCUUCCUUCUCCUCAUCUCCUUUCUUCUCCUCCAUCGCUUCUUCAACUACAACACUAAGCACUAGAAUUUCAGCAAGCACCACCCUGGCCAGCCGGCAGUCACUCCAGUUCCAUGCAGAUGGGAAAAGAAGUUCAAAGCUGGAGAUGAGUGGAAGCCAGCUUCCCCCAGCUAGUGCAAGUAAAAAAGAAGAGCUGGCAUUGCUGGAUCGAUCAAUGCCGAUGGAGACAAAUGCUACAAUAGAAAAUCUCAGGGUCGUCAGUGAGACCAAAGAGAGUGUGACUUUGAUGUGGAACGUCGUCAACACCACGCAUAGCCCUGAGGUGACGGUGUUGUAUUCCAAGUAUGGUGAGAAGGACCUGCUGCUGCUGAAUGCAGACUCCAGCAAGAACCAAGUAGGCAUAAGUGGCUUGGAGCCUGGUAGGCAAUACAUAGCAUGUGUCUGUCCAGAAGGAGCCCCUCUCCAGAAAGACCAAUGUAUCAUCUUUUCUACUGACAGAGAUGAAGAAGAAGGUGAUUCUCAAGGGUCAUUCCUCAUUGUGGUGAGCGGUACCGCUUGCGUUGUUGUCUUGCCGUUGAUUUUUUUCCUGUUAUACAAAGUUUGCAAACUUCAGUGUAAGUCAGAAUCCUUCUGGGAAGAUGAUUUGGCAAAAGAGACUUAUAUCCAAUUUGAGACCCUGUCCCCCAGGUCUCAAAGUGUAGGGGAACUUUGGACGCGAAGGCACAGAGAUGAUUCAGAAAAAUUGCUGCUUUGUUCUAGGUUGAGUGUGGAAUCUCAGGUGACUUCUAAAAGUGAGGGUUCUAGACCAGAGUAUUAUUGCUAAGGAAGGUAUUAUAGCUCAGGCACAUGUUAACCCACAAAAUUUCUUCCACAAAUUUAAGAAUCUGAGGGUGUAAUUGACUCUCUGUUUGGAUGACUUUCAGACAGACUUUCACAUCCUCCAUGAAAAUCACAAAUGGAGUGCUUUUAACUGGAUUUUAAAAACUACCAUUAGACUUCUGAACUGAAAAAAGAAAUAACUUUGAUUUUUGUUGUGUGGAAGAUGUACAUAGAAAUAAUUUUUAGAGUAGUGCUUAAUAAGUUAGAAAUAUGUUUUUGGGUAAUGUUCUUAAAAAUAAGUUCAUGUGAAAAUGGUCAUAAAAUAUAUGAAGUCUGAAUUUUUAAAAGGUAGUUUUUUGGGCAGUGAAGAAAGAUUACUAUAACCAGCUAAGCCUUGAUGUUCAUUCUUGUUCGAAGUGCUUUAUGACAUUUACUAUGGACAUUUGCUGCCAUUGCCUCCUGGGUGAGAGUGGAAUAAUACAGAGAGUUGGAUUUUACCUGAGUGAACUUUGAAUAGAGAGGAAGGGCUCCCGCUCUUUGUACCAUUAUGCAUUACAGUUGCAUCCACAUUGGAGGGAAAAAAAAUUUCCCCUGUCCUUAGAAAUAUAGGUAUUAGCAAAAAUAAGUUUAAAGAGAGGACGGGAUAAAUAGUAAUGCCACUUUGAAAAAUAGUAACUGUUGCAUUCUAAUAUAUUUGCUAACAGACUGUAUGGGUCUUUUUUUUUCAGUGCUCAUUUUAAAACAAUUUCUUUAAUAUUUUGAUAUUUACUCUUUCCUCCCCUCCCUCUUUUCUUCUUUCCCUCCUCUGUCCUCCUUUUUUUCCCUUCUGCUUGUCAGAAGAUAUUCAAGCGGUCAAAGGACCACGUCUAAGCUGUUUGUCUUUUGCCAUUUUAUGUUUUGACUUCUUAGAUAAAGUGAAGAACUUCAAGAGUCUUUUUAAGAUCCCAUAAAGGAUGUGUUAGGCAUUUGAAAGAGCAGCUUCAGGGAAUUCAUUUGAUCAAACUUUCUAGGUUAAAAACAUCAGGGAAAUUGAAUUGGAGUGGGUCACAUGAAUAGGUAGGAAAGGGGCUUCAUAAGAAAAAAAAAUUUUUUAAAUAAGUUUUCACCACCUUUAGUAAAGAUUAUAUUGAAGCUUUUGGAGUAUAGAACAGAUUUAUAAAGGUGUGUCAGGAAUCUUUAAAUAUGCUGAGAAGCAAGUUCUAAGCAAAUACUGUAUUUUAUGUAAGAAAUAGAUAGACUUUAAUGUAAAACACAUUGUGGAAAUUGUAAUACAAGCAACUAGAGAAUGAAAAAAUUGUUCAUUACAAAUGGCUCUUAAUAAAAAAGAAAAUAAUAAUUAUUCUAGUUUAGCCAUAAUCUGCGUAUUAGAAGAAGACCAGCAUGGAUGGAUGGCCUGUUUGGAACUCCCAAAUUUCCCCUAUUUGUAUAAUUUCCUUUCCCUUCCCUUCCCUUCCCUUCUCUGCCUGUUUGUCCUCAGUGCUUUCAUCACUGAGUGCAUUGUCUAAUGAUUUAACAGUUUUAAGUUUAGUAUUCAUUGUUAGGAUUUGUUAGAAAAAUACCUUUUGCAGACAAUUUUGUAUUUCGAGUUAUAUUUGAUCAACUUAUGUUAAAUUAAAGAUUACAAAAACUUAGCAUUUCUUUACUCUAAUGGCAUCAUGAGAAAUUCCACUGCCAUAUUUAAAAGGCUCAUAUAAAGAGACUGCCAAAAUACUACCACAUUAGAAAUAAUAUAUAUGACUGUGGGAGAAUGUUACAGACUACUGAGCCAAAUGGCACCCAGAUUGUGCAAAAAGGGAGGUUGUCAUGAAAGGCGACUUGGCCCAUCCUGAUGAGAUAAUUACCGCCUGCCCUCAUAAUUAAAAUCAAGGCCUGGACUUAGUUUUGACCAAGAAGGAAAAGCUAGUUGGUGGUAUGGAGGGGAGAAAGCACCUUUGUCAUCUUCAACUUGGUCAUGACACAUGAGGUGAAUUGCAAGUAAUUUGUUACUAAUAGUGAAAGAAGUAAAAUUGUAAAUUAUCUACUUUGUUAAAAAUACAUACAUUUGAGUGUGGUCAAGGUUAUUCUGAUGAUAUUAUUGCUCUUAUGUCCUUAUAAGAAGUGGUAUGGAAUUCUACACCAUCAGCAGCCUCUUUAUCAAUGUAACCAUGGCACGGUGGAGAGCAAUCAUAACUUAUAUACAGCCAAUAAAGGCAGCAAUUAAUAUGAUUACAAUGUUUCUCUUCUAGACAAAACAUACUUGAGGUUUGUAAAACUUGGGGUACACAUGAAGUUGUGUCACAUGGGAGACUAUCAUCAGUCAUGUGCUUUGACACAAACAAUGUUAAGAACUCCAAGCUAAUAAUUUAUGAUGCCCAGAAAAGCAAACCUUGAGAGUCACACAAGUACCUUGGACUUGGGGAAACUUUUACAAAAAGUUAAGGGAAAAAAAUUUUUGACUCAUGGACUUGAGUCUCAAAACGCAUUAUGGCUUACAAAGGGAGAUUUAAAAAAAAACAAAAAACAAACUUCUAGUUGAAUAAUUGUGAAGUAAUUCAAAUGAAAUAAGAGACAGCUCAGGAAAGUUGAAUGGCUGUUUAGCAGUGUGAAAUUUCAAAUGUAAGUAUAAAAGGUAUUAAAAAAGGAGAGUAACCAAGGAUGAAUGUAGAAAUGUAGCAACUCUAUUUUAAAAGUGUUGUGAACUAAGACUUCCCAUAAAUUGAGGAUAAAAAAAAAAUGGUAAAGACCAGAGAAACUAUAAGGCUUGGUUUUUUUUGUUUUGUUUUGUUUUGGGUUUUUUUUUCAGUCAAAAAGAACAAGGAAAUAGCAAGUCUACUGCUUAGAGAUGAUAACAGAAAGCAUACUAGAGAAGUAGCAGAAUCAUUCAACUCCUGUUUUCUCUUUUCUAGAUAGGUUUUUAAACUGAAUGUAGAGAAGAAACUAUGAAAAGUGGGAAUUUUCAGCCCCAAACAGAUGACGGAUUAGUAAUAAACUAACACCAAGAUGUCUGAAAUGAGGCCAGAUGAAUUGGGUACUAGAAUGGUAACAGAAUUUUCAGCCAUGAUCUCAGAGCUACUGUUCAGUAGUAUUUGAAAAGUCAUUGCAAACAGGAGAGAGACCAUAAGACUACAGAUAGGUAACUUUUAGCUUUAGUUUUGAAGAGAGGAAUAGGAUAAAUUCUGGAAAUGAUAGACCACUUGAUUUAUGUUUGCAGAUUUGACAACAGAUUGUUAAAAGGUUUGUUUUUGAGCAUGCAGAAAGGAAUGUUAUGGUCAUUAGCAAGCCAACAAAUGUCGACUAAGGAGAAGCUUUGAUAAACUAAUAUGGUUUAUUUUUUUUAUGAGGUUACUAGACAGAUUAAAGGACUGUUUGAAAAUCAAAUAGCAGCUAGCUAUUGUUAUUUGUCUUGGUGGAGUAGUAUCAGUUGCCUCCUCUCAAGAAUGUCUUGCAAUAGCUUUAAAUAACAUGAGGAAGUACCUAGUAGGGUGCCUUUACCCUAUCCUAUUUCGCAUUUUUAUAAAUUACUGGAUGAACAUAGAUGUCCCAACUCAGCAGUUGACAUGAAAACAGACAGGGUAUCUUA